CUCACUCACUCACUGGAGGUGGGGGUACGGAGAGAUAGAGCUAUAGCUCGGCUGCAGGCAGCAGACAUCAUUGUACGAGAGGAGGGGAGACGAUUCCACCGGCAGUGCGCGAGAACGCACGGAGAGCCUCCCGCGACCCUGCCCGUUAUACCGUACAGGAAUGGUGAGGGUUGUUGGAGCCAGGCAGACGCAGACGUGGACCGACAGAGUGGGAAUCACGAGCCGUCCCCUCAGACAACAGGAGGAGAGAUUUAUCCAUCCCCGUCCCAGUGGUUUCAUCUGGACUCUCCUCUCCGAUUGAACCUGGUUAAGAUCCACCUGUGGCUGUGCUGGAGGCCUGCGCUGAAACUACGAGUUGCGUUGGGAUUGUAACGACUUCAAUGGGCCGCAACACUCACUGAAACACUGGAGGCGACUGAAUGAGGUUCUUCCUGCAGUCCUGGAGACUCGCUCUCAGAGGGAAAUGAUUCCGCAUGAAUUGCAUGGACCGCUCUCCCACAGCAGGUGUGACUUCCGUUGCUUAAGACUGAAAUCUGUGUCCAUCCGACCAUAGGCACAGGACACAUCCCCUCACACCACCACUCUCUCUACCCCAUCCCCAUCCUCGCUCUGAGCCAGUCAGUGGGAGGGCACACUCUGUUAGCAAUACAGAGACCAAGAGGGAGAGGAAAAGAGCCAAAAAAGACAGGGGGAAGAAACAUCCAGAAAGACUGGUACAAGAUUCUCAGACGCCAUGAAGUCAAACCAGGAGCGGAGCAAUGAAUGCCUGCCCCCAAAGAAGCGUGAAAUCCCAGCAAGCACUCUGCCCUCAGAGGAGAGGCCCAUGGUGAUGGCGCCUGCUAAUGAGAGCCAGCGUUCGGGAAACCUGGCCUGGCUUGCCAGUUUGGCAAGUGGACAUGACAGAUGGCGGCAGCACACCAGCACCUCCUCAGAACCUGAUGGGCCUCAAUACAAACCAUUGUCAGCCACGGCUGAGAGCACACCUCCCUCGUCCACACACUUAACCAGAGCUCCCACUGCAGUGACCACCAUACCUGCCGUGUACACGUCACCCCUCUCUCAGCCUGCUGGCACUAUCCAGUACACACCCCUGCCUCCCAAUCUUCACUUCAUCAGCUCUCCGUACUCUGCACCAUAUGCUGGCUACAUCUCACCUCUAAUUCAUCCAUCGGUUGCCACCACUACCACACAACGUGAGAUUUAUGCCAGCACCUCCAGUUCUCCAGUAUCCAAAAUUGACCAGCACCACCAAUUGGGCCGUCCUCAUGGCAUGGUCACAACUGACAACACCAUUUCUCCCCACUCCACCCAAUACAUCCAAAUUGCUGGUUCUCCUCUAAGCGUAUCUCCUCGAACUGCUCCGUCACCUCAUGCUCAAUUGCCUCCACACUUACACCCUCACCACACGGUCCCCAUCAGUGGCCCCUCGCCAGUCUUACACAUCACACACACAGAUGGACCUUUAUUCAACAGGGAGGAGACAAGGCCCAGGGAGGUUCUGAAUGGAGAACUGGAGAAGGACAGACGCUUUGGUCCAUCUCCCGAAUAUAGUGCAGGGAAGCAGGGCAGCACUGCCAAAGGGGGUUCCUCCACCCAACAGCACCAGAUCCACCAGCAGCAGAGCCCACGUCACUAUGAGGCUCGGCAUGUGGUGCUACCUGUCGAAUAUGCGCAGGACAGUGCAGCCAUUCGAACCUCGUUGGUGUUGGUACCCAACAGUCAUAGCUCCGGUGGUGCUGAUCGCGGAGGUACACCUGACAAGUUGCCUCCCCCAACAUCCCACAAUGAGAAAGGAGGGAUUUGCGCAGGCAAACCUGUAUCCCGCAGUUCCUCCUCCUCAGCCUCCGUUCCAUUUCCUCCGCACCCUCCACCUGUGGACAGUCUGAAGGGGGCAGUUACCGCACUGUCUCCACAUGCUGUCAUCCAGACCACACAUAACACCACAGAGUCACUCUCCCUAGGCCUCCCCUCCACCAAUUUCUACUCUGCUCAGCAGCCCAUCAUCGGUUACAUUGCCGGCACAGGGCACCAGCAACCUCUCAGCUACCACACCAGCCUAUCUCAGCACCUGGUCAUCCCUGGAACUCAGCCGGUCAUCAUCCCAGUGAGUGGAACUGAAGCUACUGCUACAUCGACCACACCGCCCUUGCCUGUGGCACUGCCCCAUGCUUUCGUCACCUCAAUGGCCCCAAAAGUAGAGACUUUUGAGGCUCCAGCCCCAUACCAUCACCCUGCCGCAGCUGUGGUUCAAGCCCAGUUUCAUCUGCCUGUGGUUCCAGCCCCUGCCGGCCUGCUGACGACUCCGCCGCCACCCUCAGCCCCUUCACUGCCCCCUUACUUCACCAAGGGCUCCAUCAUCCAGUUGGCAAAUGGGGAAUUGAAGCGGGUGGAGGACCUGAAGACAGAGGAUUUCAUUCAGAGUGCUGAGAUCAGCAACGAACUGAAGAUUGACUCCAGCACUGUAGAGCGCAUUGACAGCAGUCAUACGCCUAACUUUGCUAUUAUACAGUUUGCUGUCGGAGAGCAUCACUCACAGGUCAGCGUGGAGGUGCUAGUAGAAUAUCCUUUCUUCGUGUUCGGCCAGGGCUGGUCAUCAUGUUGUCCAGAACGGACAACCCAGCUGCUCGAGUUGCCAUGCACCAAGCUUUCAGUAGGCGACGUUUGCAUCUCCCUCACCCUGAAGAACCUGAGAAAUGGCUCCAUCAAGAAAAGCCAGGGGCAAGUCUUGGAUGCGCCUUCCCUCGGCCCACCCCUUAAAUCACCCAAAGCACUCUCAAGCAGUGUGCGAGGGGGUGUUCGGCACACAGAACAGAAAAAUGGACUCAGGCAGUGUGGAGAUCAGGGAGGUGGAGGUGGUCAAGGCAAUAGAGAGAAUGGAGAACUGAGGUUUGGCGAAAGAGACAUCUGCAAAGCACCACCGGUCACUGAAUCAGAGUCCGGCAGCAAACCCACAGGCCGCAAAAGGAGGUGGUCGGCCCCUGAGGGCCGCAAAGUAGAAAAUCCUGAAGGAGAGCCUCCUUUAAUGUUCCCCAAACCUUCCUUCAUCCCUCAGGAAGUUAAAAUCAGUAUCGAAGGCAGAUCAAAUAUUGGAAAGUGAAUACGCAUUGGACUGUCAUAUGUUAAAAGCAAAAUUUGCCCUUGGAAUGUUUUAGGUUCUUUAUUUUAUGUUCUGAUUUAAUUUUCUAUCCAGAUUACUUUACCUAAAGGCUCAAUUUACUCAGUAUGUACAUUAUCACGUCUAACUUUGUAAUAGGUGCAUUCAAUAUUACACAGGCAAUUGGUGCAUUCUAAAAAAUGCUGGGUUAAAUAU